UCCCUACUCCGCCUCACAAAGCAUAACGUACUUAAUAACCGCUCUUGGGCAGCUCCUCUACGUCUCGCGGCACCCCUGUCGACUACCGUGUCUUACAAGCAAAGCGAGAUGACCAUGAAAGCCGUUCCUCGACUGAGUCAUGAGCGUGGCCAUGCAGACCACGGGUGGCUCAAGACGUUCCACACAUUCUCAUUUGCAAUGUACCAUGACUCAGAUCAUGAACAGUUCGGUUGCUUGCGCGUACUGAAUGAGGAUCGCGUCGAACCUGGGACAGGAUUUGGCACACACGGCCAUCGUGAAUUCGAGAUAUUCUCCUAUGUAGUCUCAGGCCAGCUUGAGCACCGAGAUUCUAUGGGAAAUCUCGAGAUCCUCAAACGAGGCGACCUGCAGAUGACUUCCGCUGGUACCGGGAUCCGUCACAGCGAGAAGUGCUACGGCGAGCAAGUACACUUUCUGCAGAUCUGGAGCAUGCCCUCCCAGUCAGGGUUGACGCCGACAUACUACACGCGGCACUUCACAGACGAAGAGAAGAGAGACAAGUGGGUACGGGUUGUGACUCCUGCAGGAGAAUCUGGCGUCUCAGAAGCACGCGCCGCCUCCGGGCCGGCGCCAGUACACUCCCCGCUGUCGCUCUACGCAUCCCUUCUGUCGCCAGCGGCUUCGCUCUCGCACACGUUCCCAACAGCACGAACGGGCACAACGACGAAGGCGUACAUCCACGUCGUCCAGACGUCCGGAUACAAUCCGGAGGCGUCGAGUGGCGCCCGUGUGAAGAUUUCGGGCGGAGACACGGCAUUGGAGUUGAGUGAAGGGGAUGGGGCAUACAUCAUGGGAGAGGCGGGGAAGGGGAUCCAAGUUGAGAACAUUGGUGACAGCACAGCAGAGGUUCUCUUGUUUGAUGUGGAAUAGAAGAGACCGCGUUUAUCUUCAAUUCACUCCCCUUUGACAUAGACGUCAGAUGUGUGCUGCGUAACAUAAUCUGAUUGUUGUAAGAAUGCAAUGGACAAGGUGCACGGGGUG